AUGUCAACAGUGGGCUUGGGCGACAUCAACAUGAACCUGUCGAACGAGCGGGCGCUGCUGUGCAUUAUCAUGGCAACCACGAGCCUGGUCGUCGGCGUGGCCGUGAAUGGUGUGGCUCAGAUCGUGUCGAAGCUGAGUGAGAGGACCGCGGUGGCCAACGAGCAGCUGGCCAAGGUGGGCCGCUUCCUCCGCGUCUACGCCGUCCCCGACCACCUCCAGUCCCGGGUCCACAACUACCUGCUGCAGUUCUUCGAGAACCAGGAGAGAGAGGAGACCAAGUCCAUGCUGAUGCGUUGGCUCAAGAAGUCGGAGGUGUUGCGUGUCAAUGUGAACAUGGCCCUGACGGGAACGUGUUUGGCCACGCACCACCUGCUUCAGUUGGUUCCAAGAGAGAUCCUGGUCAACAUCUGCGACAUCUGCGACAUGGAGUUCCAUCCACCCGGGCAAGAGCUCAUCCUGGCGGGCGCUGAAGUGAAGAGCUGCUUCUACAUCCGCCGCGGACUGGUUCAGAUGCGAACGGGGGAGUCCUCCAGGGCCAUGACGGCGAAGUCGCUGCCAUUCCCAGGAUCAGGAGACGAGAUGGAGGACAUGGACGAGAUCCAGAAGGAGAUCGAGGCCGUGGAAGCCGCCAGGCCCGAUGAGCAGCUCCAUGGCGGCGCCUUCAUUGGCGACGUGCGGCUCUUCCUGGGGAGCAGCCGGAGUUGGAAGACCGUGGUCUGCUUAUCGUUUUGUGAGCUCAUCUCGGUCGAUGUCGACAAGUUCCGAGGCUUGAUGGUCGGACAGUUGCCAGAACUCUUUGAUGUGCUUGUGAUCUACUCAGCCAUCGACAAUAAUUGUCCAAAAGCGCUGCAGCGUUGCAUGGAGGAGCAGGGCCUCUCUCCAGAGGUGCCCCUUCUUUUCGGAGAGGGGGUGCUCCACCAUUGCGCCAAGAAGAAUGCAGACAUCUGUGCGGACUUCCUGGUCGAGCAGCUGGGCGCAGAUGUCACCGUGCUCGACCAGGAGGAGAAGACGCCGGCGCAGGUCGCAGCAAGGCUGAAGCACAAGGAGGUGUUCUGGGCAGUGAUCAAGCAUGGCAGCAUCAUCACCGACCAAGACGUCUUGCCCAAAGAGGCGCAAUCCGUCCGGAGCAGGAGCAAGCGACGCGUCCAGGUCAGCAGCUCGGGCUCCUUGGAGGAGGAGCUCUUUGGUCAGCGAGAUGGAAGAGAUGGAGUAGGGGGAGCUUGGUCGGGCCUGGAGCUCCGGGAGCGGCUCCAGCAGAGCGGCCUCAGCCUGGGCCGCUACGGCCGUGAGGGCCACAAGAGCCUCGAGGACCUCGCCGCCGAACUCCAUACUUGCCAAAGUGAGCUCGUUUUGGGUCCCGGCAAGCGCCUUCGUCGCCGGGUCAAGCUGGUCAGGCUGCAGCUGCUGGCCAUCAUUGACAAAAGCGUCCGUGCGCUCGUAGAGCUUCAGUCCGACGCGUGGCUGAGGGCCCCGGACCAGAAGCUCGGCAAGCUGCCGUGUCGCCGCAUCCUUCGGGACGAGACUGUGGAGCAGGCUACCAAGGCUGAGAUGGGCUGA